CUCCUAGGACUCCAAUGGUUCGCACCACUUGGCAUCGAGGUCACUGGCAUAAACCACAUCGAGGAAGCCGACUGGGAGCAGCAGCUGGCUAAGGACUUCCAAGAAGUAUUCGACGGCACCCUAGGCAAGUACCGAGGGCCCCCUAUCUCCUUCAGCCUAGACCCCAACAUCGCCCCCAUACGCCUAAAACCGAGUCGGGUGCCUUUCGCACUACGGAAAAAAAUAGACGAGCAGCUUGACAAGCUCGUCAAACAGGGGGUUUUGCAGCCAAUUGACCACGGCCGGUGGGAGACCCCAAUAGUCACCCCAGUUAAGCCAGAUGGGUCAGUAAGGAUCUGCGGGGACUAUAAGGCCACCCUCAAUUGCGCCCUGCAACAAAGCGCCUACCCCGUCCCAGUAGUGCAACAACUACUUCACUCACUGGGGGGGGGGCAAAAAACCGCUGAGGCGCAAACGAUAGUCACCCACCGGGGAGCGUUUCGUUGUAACCGAUUCCAGUUUGGAGUCAGCGUGGCCCCAGGGAUUUUCCAAAGCCUCAUGGAGAGACUACUGCAGGGGAUAAAAGGGGUGGUCCCUUACUUCGACGACGUACUAGUGCCGCUGCUGGGAAUCCUGGCGGGGAACAAGGCCACCCCGAACAUCCUAUCCCCCAGGAUGACAAGGUGGUCCGAGUUCCUCGCCACCUACGACUACCGGCUCACACACCGCCCCGGUAAGACGAUCACCCAUGCAGACGCGCUGAGCCGCUCGCCACUACCCGACCUCGACGACGACCCAGCCCCCACGACGACCACCCUCAGCAUAGAGGCAUUGCCCGACCUACCCAUAACCGCGUCAGACAUUGCCCGAGAAACUAAUAAAGACAAACGUCUGGCGCGGGUAUUGCAUUGGGUAGAAAAAGGGUGGCCGGAAAAAGACAACGACGAAUCGUUCAGGAUAUUCCGAAACCGCCAAACAGAACUGUCCUUGCAAAAAGGUUGUUUGUUAUGGGGGGACAGGGUGGUCAUACCAGAAAAGCUACAAGGGAAAGUAUUAAAACUUUUGCACGAAGGGCACCCGGGCAUCGUACGAACAAAAGCCUUGGCCAGAAGCUACGCUUGGUGGCCAGGCAUGGACAAAGAAAUUGAGGCUUGGGUGGCCAGGUGCUCACGCUGCCAAGAAGCCAGACCAAAUCCCCCUGCCGCACCGAUACUAGAAUGGGAGACCCCCAGGGGGCCAUGGUCCAGAAUACAUAUAGAUUUCGCCGGCCCCACAAGAGGAAACACAUUCCUCAUCACGGUGGAUGCUUACUCCAAUUGGCUGGAGGUAAGCAACAUGAAAACCACCACAACAGAAGCUGUCACUAAGGUACUCAACAAACUGUUCGCGACCCACGGUCUCCCGGAUGUCAUCGUGUCAGACAACGGGCCCCAAUUCACCUCGCUGGAAUUCGAAAAAUUCCUAGCGGAACGGGGCAUACGACACGCACUGACAGCGACGGCACAUCCGGCGGCCAAUGGUAGGGCGGAACGGAUGGUUCAAUUUACAAAGAAAACCAUCCAAAAAAUGAGGAAACUAAGGUCCCCACUCGACAGACUG